AUGGCGCUAUUUUUCCUCGUGUGUGUUAUUACAGGAGCAUGGGGCAGUCAAGUGAUUGUCCCCAAACAGGUGAACGCGGUGCUGGGAAGGAACGUGACUUUGGACUGCACUGUGGACGUGGGCUCAAACCUCACUCUGACCCAGAGCUCCUGGGAGCGCCGGCUGCCCACCGGCUCCAUUACUGUGGCGGUGUACAACCCUCGCUUUGGGAUCUCCAUUCCCCCAGAGUUCAGCCAGCGUUUGUAUUUCCGCUCUCCUUCCUCCCACGAUGCCACAAUUGUACUGGAAAACGUGGGCUUCUCUGAUGUUGGAAUGUACACCUGUAAAGUCGCCACUUUUCCACUGGGAAACACCCAAGCCUCCACAACAGUCACCGUGCUUGUGGAGCCCAAGGUGUACGUCUCCGCUGGAUCCAGUGCUCUCAUUGAUGGUGGUAAUGAGACCGUGGUGGCCUCGUGUAUAGCAGAGCGGGCUCGGCCGGCCGCAGAGGUGUCCUGGGAGUCCAACCUGUUCGGUCAGUCAGACGUGCAGCUUUAUAAUGAAGCCAACGGCACCACCAGUGUUCAUGCCCGCUACCUAUGGCAGCCCACACGCCACGUCCAGGGACACACCCUCACCUGUGUGGUCCGCCACCCAGCUCUGCCGACAGACUUCAGGAUUCCCUACCAGCUCAAUGUGCAGUUUGCUCCAGAUAUAUCAGUGGUUGGCUACGAUGGUGACUGGUUUGUUGGACGAGAAAAUGUUCAGAUGACCUGUAAGGCUAAUGCUAACCCUCCAGCACACCAUUUCAGAUGGAUCAGAUUAGACAGUGAAAUGCCAGAGGGUGUGGAGGUAAUAAACAACACUUUGCUCUUCCUACGUCCCCUCCAGCGAAAUGACUCGGGAGUUUACAGGUGUGAAGUUGCCAAUGACAUAAACCUCCGCAGUCGGGAUGUGCGCAUCCUCAUACAAGAUCCUCCUGCCAUGCCCUCCACCAUCACUGCUCCCGUGCUAACCGCCACCUCCUCCCUAGCGGACGAUAAGGCCCAUGUUGUCCUCAGCUUCCCCACUCUUCAGGCCAUCCCUGUGGGUAAUGUGGGCUCCGUAGUGGGCGGGGCAGUGGGCGGUGCACUAUUCCUGCUGCUGGUGCUGUCAUUGGCUGGAGUUCUUUACUUGAGAAAACAACAGAGCUUUCAUGGGACUUACUACAACAAACACUACAUGGGCCACAACGACCUGCAGAAGCCCACGCAGCAUGAACUCAAUCAGACCAAAGGAAAUCGGCAGACGGACCACGACCGGGAGGAGUGGGGAGACCGCCAGCUGAAAGAAGAGCGCGAGCGGCGAAAGCAUGAUAGCUAUCACGGUGAGGAUUACCCUGCUAACGGCUACACUCGAGCCAUGAGGGAAAGUGGAAAUAAUCAACAGAAUCAUCAUAGUACCACACAUGCCCACAAACCGUGCCCAAGCCCAAGACGAGCCAAAAGCAGCAGGUACCCUCCAGUGAAACCUCUGGAUAACUGCUCCCCCUACCUGUCGGAUGACUGUUACGACAGUGGGCCAGAGGGCGACUAUGUUGCCCACAAAGACGGAUCUGUUAUUUCUCGUAGGGAGUGGUAUGUUUGA